CACAAACAUCUCUGUGUUAAUACGUUCUCUUUUGCAAACCUUCAAUUAUUGAGCUGUUUGUGAUGAAUAUGCCCAUUACAACGAAGUCUGCUUCUUUUAUAUAUAUGAAUAUGCCCUACCUUCAAUUGUUGAGCUUGUUUGUGAUGGUCUGCCUUUGUCUACAGCGACUCCAUAUUAAAUUUCCCCCAUUGUGGAUGGGUAUUCUCCCCACCACAUAAUGAAUCACUUAGAUUUCCCAUUAUAUACACUUUUUUUUUUUUUUUUUUUUUUUUUCUGAUUUGAUAAAGUCAACUAUUUAGACUGCCCACUUGAAUCCUCAAGUCUCAACUGGGAAAAAAAUGUCAAAGGAUUUGAAUUUUGGGAUAUAGAGGAGUUGGUGGUGAAGCGAAUACUAUUAGUGGGCUAUCUCUGGUCUCCAUAUAACUCAGAUAAAAGAGGGGUUGUGUCUCGAAGUUUUUGUUUUACCUGUAAUUUGGUACAAUGGGUGGUGUUCUUUUUAUUAUCUCACUCUUUUGCAAUUUGCUGCUGCUUCAAAAUCCGUCUUUUUCGUAUCCAUUAUGUACUAAUUCAAGGGCAGCCUUUAACCCAAAGACCCCUCUGGUAUUCUGUCCUUACAGUGGAACUGUCUGCUGCAACUCCACCCAAGAGUUAAGUUUGCAGCAGCAAUAUGUCAAGAUGAACAUCUCAGAUUUUGGCUGUGCUGCCCUUAUUAAAUCGGUUCUUUGUGCGAGAUGCGAUCAACUUUCAGGAGAGCUAUUUAGAAUUGAUUCUGUUCCCCGAUCAGUCCCUGUACUUUGCAACUCUACUGUUUCAGCAAAUUCUUCUCAAACUAGUCAAUCAAAAAUUGAUUAUUGUGCAAAAGUAUGGGAGACAUGUAAAAAUGUAUCUAUAAUGAAUUCACCAUUUGCUGCUUCAUUACAAAGUCAAGCUGGAGUACCAAUUACAUCCAAUUUCACCAAGCUUACAGAUUUUUGGCAAUCAAAAACUGAUUUUUGCAAUGCAUUUGGUGGAGCUUCCCUUGAUGAAUCAGCAUGUUCUGAUGGAGGACCUGUUACACUAACUAACACUGCUGGGACUUUAAGUCCUCCAAAUGGUAUGUGUCUUGAGAAGAUAGGGAAUGAUUCUUACCUUGAUAUGGUAGCUCAUCCUGAUGGCUCUUCUCGUGCUUUCUUCUCCAGUCAGGAAGGUAAGAUUUGGUUAGCAACCAUUCCCAAAGAUGGAUCAGGAGGAACACUAGAGCUUGAUGAAUCCAAUCCUUUUCUCGAUCUAACACAUGAAGUCCAUUUCGAUAAUGAAUUUGGGAUCAUGGGCAUUGCAUUUCAUCCAAAUUUCGCCCAAAAUGGACGUUUCUUUGCUUCUUUCAAUUGUGACAAGUCUCAGUGGCCUGGAUGCGCGGGAAGAUGUUCAUGUAACUCGGAUGUGAACUGCGAUCCUUCAAAGCUAGGUACUGAUAAUGGUGCCCUUCCAUGCCAAUAUCACAGUGUAAUUGCAGAGUAUACUGCUAAUGGUACCACAUCCGAGUUUUCCUUGGCAACAAGUGCUAAACCAUUAGAAGUGAGAAGAAUAUUCACAAUGGGCCUUCCAUUUACAGAUCAUCAUGGGGGACAGAUUCUUUUUGGACCUUCAGAUGGGUACUUAUACUUUAUGACGGGGGAUGGUGGAGGUACAGGUGAUCCUUACAAUUUCGCCCAAAAUAAGAAAUCAUUGCUUGGAAAGAUAAUGAGGCUUGACAUUGACAACAUACCAAGUUCAGUAGAAUUUAGCAAGCUUGGUCUGUGGGGAAACUACUCUAUCCCCAAGGAUAAUCCGUAUAUUGAAGAUAAAGAGUUGCGGCCUGAAAUAUGGGCAUUGGGAUUAAGAAAUCCUUGGCGUAGCAGUUUUGAUUCAGAAAGGCCUUCCUAUUUUAUGUGUGCUGAUAUUGGGCAGGAUCGAUAUGAAGAGGUUAAUAUAAUCACGAAGGAUGGGAACUAUGGUUGGCGUGCUUAUGAAGGUCCCUAUCUUUUCACUCCUCAACAGUCACCUGGAGGGAAUACAUCUAUAAAUUCGAUAAGCCCAAUCUUCCCAGUAAUGGGAUACACUCACUCUGAUGUGAACAAGAAUGAAGGAUCAGCAGCAAUUAUAGGUGGCUAUUUCUAUCGGUCCAUGACUGAUCCAUGCAUGCAUGGAAGGUAUAUAUAUGGAGAUCUGUAUGCAGGUGCUAUAUGGGCAGGCACCGAAAAUCCUGAAAACAGUGGGAAUUUUACCACAAGCCAGAUUUCUUUCAACUGUGCUCGUGACUCUCCAAUACCAUGCAGCUUUAAACCUGGAAGUUCACUUCCUGCUUUAGAAUCCAUCCUCUCAUUUGGGGAGGACAACAAUAAGGAUAUUUUUCUCCUAGCUAGCAGUGGAGUGUACAGAAUUGUUCGUCCAAGUCGCUGCAAUUACACUUGUGCAAAAGAAAAUGUUACGGCUGUUGCGGCACCAGGUCCUGCAGCUUCUUCCCCACCUUCUAAGGCAAGCCAAUUGAGUCAUCCAUAUAAGAAUCUGAUGCUCUUAGUCUAUUCUCUUUUGUUGCUUUUUCUGAGUUUCGUCUAAUGUGUUGCAAAUCUGUAUGUGAUCUCUAGAGAACGUUUUGGAGUGGUUUGUAUGUAGAUAGCUUCGGGGGUUUUUUGAUAAAACUGAAAAUUAAGUACUGAAAAUUUUAAGAGUUAAAUUUAAAUCCUAAAGUUUUAAGCGGUUUUGUAAAUUGUAAAUUUUAUUUUUAUUUUAUAUUUUAUAUCUUUUUCAGAUUUGAAGUAUUCAA